AUGAAAGAGAUGGAGCCACUUAUGGACGCCUUUGGUUCAAACUGUAAUAAUGCAGGUUGGCAACAUUGGCUCACUGAUGCAAAGUAUGCGCACGUGGGUCAAAAUGAAGGUGACAGGAUUGCGUGCAAAUUUAUGACAAUUGCUUUAUAUUUCCUGAAAGGAUGGAGUCAAACUGGAAAAAUCCCUUAUGAUGAGAAAGAGAAUGAUAUGAAGUUGAAAGGUUACAUGAGAUGUGCAGUAGUGCAUAUGUUCACGGACAUAUUGUUUGAAUCCGUGUGUAGAAGUAAAUGGGGUACAUUUUAUGCAUGGUACUCGGUGGAUGGAAUGAUGAAGGACGGAGGAAUAACUAGGUCAGCCGGUACGCAAAAAUGCGCGAUGGACCGACUGAUGGAUAUAACGCGCGGCAAUUGGAGUAUGAGUGAGGAGAUUAAAGAAAGGUUAAGGAACAAUGACAGACUAAAAAGUAUGAUAGCAGGGGAAAGAAUGAAAGCGGCGUGUCAGAAAAAAAUAAGGAAGGAGCAGACGAAGGAGAAUAGACCGCUGGAUGAGCAAGAGCAGACUAACCAGGAGAGAUGGGAAAUAAAUGUGAAAGAGAAAUUGAACAAAAGAAUGAAGAAAGUUCUGAACAAAGUUGAAAGGGCAAGAUCCGGGAAAGGACAACACGAUACGGAUGAGACGGAUUCCGAUGAAGAGGAAACCCUGAGUGAAACUGACGAAGCGGAUGAGAAGGACAUGGAAAUUGAAGACGGUAAGUACACGAAUAGCAACAAUACGAAUAUGAAUACCCAUACACACGGCACGAAUAAGAAAAAAGUUCCAGUUCCGCCAACCAAGAAACCAGAAGAUGCACCAGAUAAGGUACCAGAGCAACCAAAGGAGGCUGUUACCGAGAAGAAGGACGAUAAGACAAACCCACCAGAGCCAGGGAGUGGGCCAGAUGAACGGGGACGGUCAGACACACCACCGCAAGGAGCAGGUCACGGAGCAGGUAAAGGACAACCACCCCCACCACAACCACCACAGUUACUGGACCCUGCAGGAAAGGAACAGAGCACACCUAACAACCACCAGGACACUGCAACAGGUGAGUAUACUUGCCCGGACGCAAAGCCCAAGAAUCCGCACGCCGCCAUAGAGUCACAUGCAGGUUCACGUGUGAGCAUUACCACAGGCCGCUAUACCCCUGAAGGUCAACCAUCAUGUGAAAAGAUUAACGAACUUCUGCGCACUCAGCACAGUCCGGCAACUAAUUUUAACCCUACGGACAAAAAGAAUAAAACUGCAUCAAAGGAUACGUCGGAUACGGAUCGGAAAGAAUCAGCAGCUGAACCAUCAGCACAAGCACCAACCUUAUGGGACCCAGCGUCCAACCCUGGGGAACAAGCACAGGACCCAUCAUCAUCUUUACCAGAUGCAGAAGCCAGUCAACCCAGUCAAUCUUCGUCCCAUGAUGAUCCUAGCCAAACCAUUACAGGGGACCCGGCAGGAAAAGGCGAAAAGCCUGACCCCAUGUUAGACUUUACAGGAAUAGGUGACCCACCAAAGUGGGUUCAACCAUGGGAUACAACAGAAGAUGGGGUAAAACCGAAUACAGCAAACUCAGAUCCUUCCGGUUUCUCUUCCUACAAUCCAUCUUCCUUCGGUUGUGCUGGUGUUGAGGACUCGGAGGGAUACUCAUCAUGUGACCUAAGAAUAUCACUUAAUAACUCACAAAGUGCAGGGGACCCCGGAGGAUCCUUUGUACCACCUGACGGACACGAUUUCACACUGAAUAAUGAAAAUAAAAACUUAAUGAAUGACCCACCUCAGCAUGGCGGCCCCACUCCCCCCGACCUAACCGGCACGGUCCUUACCGCCACUGCUCCCGUGCUGUUAUUUCUCGCUUCCGUCACCGUCGCCCUUCUGGGUUAUUCCCUUUGGAAAGACCGCGAAACAACGUUACUAUUUGGACUACUUUUAUACGGACACGCAGAAUACUAA